AUGCUACAAAAGCAGCUAAAAACAGAAUUCCUUAGUCCAGCGUUGCCUGAAGAGACAGAGACAGCUGAAAUGCAAUCAAAAAUGCCUCCUGUCGGUGUGGAGGAUUUUGAUAAAGCUAAUUGGAAUGAUCCGUUUCAGGUGUCACACUAUGCCAUGGAUAUAUUUAAUUACUUAAAGGCCCGAGAGGCUGAAUUCCCAAUAGACGAUUACAUGAAGCGCCAAGUGCAUUUGUCAAAAUGGAUGCGUACUCUGCUUGUGGACUGGAUGGUGGAAGUUCAAGAAACAUUCGAACUUCGUCAUGAAACUUUGUAUUUAGCGGUGAAAAUGGUCGAUUUGUUCUUGUGCAAAGUUGUUAUCAAUAAGGACAAGUUGCAAUUAUUGGGAGCGUCCGCUCUAUUUAUAGCGUGCAAAUUCGAAGAGUGCACACCGCCAUUAAUUGAGGACUUCUUAAACAUUUGUGAUGGUGCUUACAAGCAUGAAGAGCUAAUACAUUUGGAGAAGUGCACUUUGCGAACUAUUGACUAUGAUCUCGGAAUACCUCUGUCUUAUCGCUUCUUGCGACGUUAUGCUCGAUGUGCAAAAAUAGCCAUACCUACACUUACUUUAGCUCGCUACAUAUUGGAGUUGUCUUUGAUGGAUUAUGAUACCAUAGCUUUUAGUGACUCUAAAAUGGCCGCAGCCGCUUUGUUCAUUGCCCUGCGAUUGGUUGGUGAAGAGGAAGCAUGGAAUGCCACUUUAGAAUAUUAUUCUGGUUAUAAGUUAAUGGAUUUUGGAGAAAUUGUGCCAGUAUUAAAUGAGGGAUUGCAUCGUAAACCAGAAGGCACCAUCAAAACCAUACGCAGCAAAUAUUCAUGUAAAAUAUUUCAUGAGGUAGCUAAAGUGGCAUUGAUGACUACUGAAGAACUUUUUGAAAACAAUUUAGACUUAGCGUCAUAUUCAAUGAGUGCACCUAUUAAUACAUUAAAGAAUGCGGAAGGUGGAGGAGACGCUUCGUAA